AUGUCCUUCAAUCCGCCACCAUCCGCACAUAUACAUCUAUCCUUCCCUAUCUGCCUAUGUAAAUCUAUUCGUCUCUAUCUGCCCAUCUACGUCUAUCCUUCCCCAUUUGCCCAUGUCUAUUUAUCCGUCGCCAUCAGCUCAUUUCUAUCGGUCUCAAUCCGUUCAUGUCCUUCAAUCCGUCACCAUCCUCUCAUAUACAUCUAUCCUUCCCUAUCUGCCUAUGUAUAUCUAUUCGUCUCCAUCUGCCCAUCUACGUCUAUCCUUCCCCAUUUGCCCAUGUCUAUUUAUCCGUCGCCAUCAGCUCAUUUCUAUCGGUCUCAAUCCGUUCCUGUCCUUCAAUCCGUAAUGAUCCGCUCAUAUACAUCUAUCCUUCCCUAUCUGCCUUUGUACAUCUAUUCGUCUCCAUCUGCCCAUCUACGUCUAUCCUUCCCCAUUUGCCCAUUAUUUAUCCGUCGCCAUCAACUCAUUUCUAUCGGUCUCAAUCCGUUCAUGUCCUUCAAGCCGUCACCAUCCUCAAAUAUACAUCUAUCCUUCCCUAUCUGCCUAUGUAUAUCUAUUCGUCUCUAUCUGCCCAUCUACGUCUGCCCAUCCUUCCCCAUUUGCCCAUGUCUAUUUAUCCGUCGCCAUCAGCUCAUUUCUAUCAGUCUCAAUCCGUUCAUGUCCUUCAAUCCGUCACCAUCCGCUCAUAUAUAUCUAUCCUUCCCUAUCUGCCUAUGUAAAUCUAUUCGUCUCCAUCUGCCCAUCUACGUCUAUUCUUCCCCAUUUGCCCAUGUCUAUUUAUCCGUCGCCAUCAGCUCAUUUCUGUCGGUCUCAAUCCGUUCAUGUCCUUCAAUCCGUCACCAUCCGCACAUAUACAUCUAUCCUUCCCUAUCUGCCUAUGUAAAUCUAUUCGUCUCUAUCUGCCCAUCUCGUCUAUCCUUCCCCAUUUGCCCAUGUCUAUUUAUCCGUCGCCAUCAGCUCAUUUCUAUCGGUCUCAAUCCGUUCAUGUCCUUCAAUCCGCCACCAUCCGCACAUAUACAUCUAUCCUUCCCUAUCUGCCUAUGUAAAUCUAUUCGUCUCUAUCUGCCCAUCUACGUCUGUCCUUUCCCAUUUGCCCAUGUCUUUUAUCCGUCGCCAUCAGCUCAUUUCUAUCAGUCUCAAUCCGUUCAUGUCCUUCAAUCCGUCACCAUCCGCUCAUAUACAUCUAUCCUUCCCUAUCUGCCUAUCUCAUUUCUAUCAGUCUCAAUCCGUUCAUGUCCUUCAAUCCGUCACCAUCCGCUCAUAUACAUCUAUCCUUCCCUAUCUGCCUAUGUAAAUCUAUUCGUCUCCAUCUGCCCAUCUACGUCUAUCCUUCCCCAUUUGCCCAUGUCUAUUUUAUCCGUCGCCAUCAGCUCAUUUCUAUCGGUCUCAAUCCGUUCAUGUCCUUCAAUCCGUCACCAUCCGCUCAUAUACAUCUAUCCUUCCCUAUCUGCCUAUGUAAAUCUAUUCGUCUCCAUCUGCCCAUCUACGUCUAUCCUUCCCCAUUUGCCCAUGUCUAUUUAUCCGUCGCCAUCAGCUCAUUUCUAUCGGUCUCCAAUCCGUUCAUGUCCUUCAAUCCGUCACCAUCCGCUCAUAUACAUCUAUCCUUCCCUAUCUGCCUAUCUCAUUUCUAUCGGUCUCAAUCCGUUCAUGUCCUUCAAUCCGUCACCAUCCGCUCAUAUACAUCUAUCCUUCCCUAUCUGCCUAUGUAAAUCUAUUCGUCUCUAUCUGCCCAUCUACGUCUAUCCUUCCCCAUUUGCCCAUGUCUAUUUAUCCGUCGCCAUCAGUCUCAUUUCUGUCGGUCUCAAUCCGUUCAUGUCCUUCAAUCCGUCACCAUCCCCGCUCAUCUACAUCUAUCCUUCCCCAUCUGCCUAUGUACAUCUAUUCGUCUCCAUCUGCCCAUCUACGUCUAUCCUUCCCCAUUUUUCCAUGUCUAUUUAUCCGUCGCCAUCAGCUCAUUUCUGUCGGUCUCCAAUCCGUUCAUGUCCUUCAAUCCGUCACCAUCCGCUCCUAUACAUCUAUCCUUCCCUAUCUGCCUAUGUAAAUAUAUUCGUCUCCAUCUGCCCAUCUACGUCUAUCCUUCCCCAUUUGCCCAUGUCUCUUUUAUCCGUCGCCAUCAGCUCAUUUCUAUCGGUCUCAAUCCGUUCAUGUCCUUCAAUCCGUCACCAUCCGCUCAUAUACAUCUAUCCUUCCCUAUCUGCCUAUGUAAAUCUAUUCGUCUCCAUCUGCCCAUCUACGUCUAUCCUUCCCCAUUUGCCCAUGUCUAUUUUAUCCGUCGCCAUCAGCUCAUUUCUGUCAGUCUCAAUCCGUUCAUGUCCUUCAAUCCGUCACCAUCCGCUCCAUAUACAUCUAUCCUUCCCUAUCUGCCUAUGUAAAUCUAUUCGUCUCCAUCUGCCCAUCUACGUCUAUCCUUCCCCAUUUGCCCAUGUCUAUUUAUCCGUCGCCAUCAACUCAUUUCUAUCGGUCUCAAUCCGUUCAUGUCCUUCAAUCCGUCACCAUCCGCUCCUUAUACAUCUAUCCUUCCCAUCUGCCUAUCUCAUUUCUAUCGGUCUCAAUCCGUUCAUGUCCUUCAAUCCGUCCGCUCCAUCCUUCCCUAUCUGCCCAUACAUCUAUUCGUCUAUCCUCCUCCCAUGUCUAUCCGUGCCUCAUUUCUAUCGGUCUCAUCUAUUCGUCUCCAUCUGCCCAUCCUUCCCGUCUAUUCCUCAUUCCCCAUUUCCCCAUGUCUGUUUAUCCGUCGCCAUCAGCUCAUUUCUGUCGGUCUCAAUCCGUUCAUGUCCUUCAAUCCGUCACCAUCCGCUCAUAUACAUCUAUCCUUCCCUAUCUGCCUAUCUAUUCUGUUCGUCUCAUCUGCCCAUCUACGUCUAUCCUUCACCAUUUGCCCAUGUCUAUUUAUCCGUCGCCAUCAGCUCAUUUCUAUCGGUCUCAAUCCGUUCAUGUCCUUCAAUCCGUCACCAUCCGCUCAUAUACAUCUAUCCUUCCCUAUCUGCCUAUGUAAAUAUAUUCGUCUCUAUCUGCCCAUCUACGUCUAUCCUUCCCCAUUUACCCAUGUCUAUUUAUCCGUCGCCAUCAGCUCAUUUCUGUCAGUCUCAAUCCGUUCAUGUCCUUCAAUCCGUCACGAUCCGCUCAUAUACAUCUAUCCUUCCCUAUCUGCCUAUGUAUAUCUAUGUGUCUCCAUCUGCCCAUCUCCGUCUAUCCUUCCCCAUUUACCCAUGUCUUUUUAUCCGUCGCCAACAGCUCAUUUCUAUCGGUCUCAAUCCGUUCAUGUCCUUCAAUCCGUCACCAUCCGCUCAUAUACAUCUAUCCUUCCCUAUCUGCCUAUGUAAAUCUAUUCGUCUCCAUCUGUCCAUCUACGUCUAUCCUUCCCCAUUUGCCCAUGUCUAUUUAUCCGUCGCCAUCAGCUCAUUUCUGUCGGUCUCAAUCCGUUCAUGUCCUUCAAUCCGUCACCAUCCGCUCAUAUACAUCUAUCCUUCCCUAUCUGCCUAUGUAAAUCUAUUCGUCUCUAUCUGCCCAUCUACGUCUAUCCUUCCCCAUUUGCCCAUGUCUAUUUAUCCGUCGCCAUCAGCUCAUUUCUGUCGGUCUCAAUCCGUUCAUGUCCUUCAAUCCGUCACCAUCCGCUCAUAUACAUCUAUCCUUCCCUAUCUGCCUAUGUAUAUCUAUUCGUCUCCAUCUGCCCAUCUACGUCUAUCCUUCCCCAUUUGCCCAUGUCUUUUAUCCGUCGCCAUCAGCUCAUUUCUAUCAGUCUCAAUCCGUUCAUGUCCUUCAAUCAUCCUCGCACCAUCCGCUCAUAUACAUCUAUCCUUCCCCAUCUGCCUUUGUUUAUCGUCGCCAAAUCUAUUCGUCUCUCAAUCUUCAUGCCCAUCUACCUCUAUCCUUCCCCCCCAUUUGCCCAUGUCUAUUUAUCCGUCGCCAUCAGCUCAUUUCUGUCGUCUCAAUCCGUUCCAUGUCCUUCCAAUCCGUCACAUCCGUUCCAUGUCAUCCAUACAUCUAUCCUUCCCCCUUCUGCCUAUCUCAUUUCUGUCGGUCUCAAUCCGUUCAUGUCCUUCAAUCCGUCACCAUCCUCAUAUACAUCUAUCCUUCCCUAUCUGCCUAUGUAAAUCUAUUCGUCUCCAUCUGCCCAUCUACGUCUAUCCUUCCCCAUUUGCCCAUGUCUAUUUAUCCGUCGCCAUCAGCUCAUUUCUAUCGGUCUCAAUCCGUUCAUGUCCUUCAAUCCGUCACCAUCCUCAAAUAUACAUCUAUCCUUCCCUAUCUGCCUAUGUAUAUCUAUUCGUCUCUAUCUGCCCAUCUACCUCAUUUCUAACGGUCUCAAUCCGUUCAUGUCCUUCAAUCCGUCACCAUCCGCUCAUAUACAUCUAUCCUUCCCUAUCUGCCUAUGUACAUCUAUUCGUCUCCAUCUGCCCAUCUACGUCUAUCCUUCCCCAUUUGCCCAUGUCUAUUUAUCCGUCGCCAUCAGCUCAUUUCUAUCGGUCUCAAUACGUUCAUGUCCUUCAAUCGGUUACAUCCGCUCAUAUACAUCUAUACUUCCCUAUCUGCCUAUGUAAAUCUAUUCGUCUCCAUCUGCCCAUCUACGUCUAUCCUUCCCCAUUUGCCCAUGUCUAUUUAUCCGUCGCCAUCAGCUCAUUUCUAUCGGUCUCCAAUCCGUUCAUGUCCUUCAAUCCAUCACCAUCCGCUCAUAUACAUCUAUACUUCCCAAUCUGCCUAUGUACAUCUAUUCGUCUCCAUCUGCCCAUCUACGUCUAUCCUUCCCCAUUUACCCAUGUCUAUUUAUCCGUCGCCAUCAGCUCAUUUCUAUCGGUCUCAAUCCGUUCAUGUCCUUCAAUCCGUCACCAUCCGCUCAUAUACAUCUAUCCUUCCCUAUCUGCCUAUGUAAAUCUAUUCGUCUCUAUCUGCCCAUCUACGUCUAUCCUUCCCCAUUUGCCCAUGUCUAUUUAUCCGUCGCCAUCAGCUCAUUUCUAUCGGUCUCAAUCCGUUCAUGUCCUUCAAUCCGUCACCAUCCGCUCAUAUACAUCUAUCCUUCCCAAUCUGCCUAUAUAUCUAUUCGUCUCCAUCUGCCCAUCUACGUCUAUCCUUCCCCAUUUGCCCAUGUCUAUUUAUCCAUCGCCAUCAGCUCAUUUCUAUCGGUCUCAAUCCGUUCAUGUCCUUCAAUCCGUCACCAUCCACUCAUAUACAUCUAUCCUUCCCUAUCUGCCUAUGUAUAUCUAUGUGUCUCCAUCUGCCCAUCUCCGUCUAUCCUUCCCCAUUUGCCCAUGUCUAUUUAUCCGUCGCCAUCAGCUCAUUUCUAUCGGUCUCAAUCCGUUCAUGUCCUUCAAUCCGUCACCAUCCGCUCAUAUACAUCUAUCCUUCCCUAUCUGCCUAUGUAAAUCUAUUCGUCUCCAUCUGCCCAUCUACGUCUAUCCUUCCCCAUUUUGCCCAUGUCUAUUUAUCCGUCGCCAUCAGCUCAUUUCUGUCAGUCUCAAUCCGUUCAUGUCCUUCAAUCCGUCACCAUCCGCUCAUAUACAUCUAUCCUUCCCUAUCUGCCUAUGUAAAUAUAUUCGUCUCUAUCUGCCCAUCUACGUCUAUCCUUCCCCAUUUGCCCAUGUCUAUUUAUCCGUCGCCAUCAGCUCAUUUCUGUCGGUCUCAAUCCGUUCAUGUCCUUCAAUCCGUCACGAUCCGCUCAUAUACAUCUAUCCUUCCCUAUCUGCCUAUGUAAAUAUAUUCGUCUCUAUCUGCCCAUCUACGUCUAUCCUUCCCCAUUUACCCAUGUCUAUUUAUCCGUCGCCAACAGCUCAUUUCUAUCGGUCUCAAUCCGUUCAUGUCCUUCAAUCCGUCACCAUCCGCUCAUAUACAUCUAUCCUUCCCUAUCUGCCUAUGUAA